UUCUGUUAAAUAUAAAUAUAAAUUUUGUAUUGCUGCUGAAUGCAUCAUUAUUGGGCAUCAUGUCGUAGUGUCUUUGUAUUCCGCUUGGGGGACAUCAUCGGUCUUUUGAAGCAAAUUGACGUCACGCAAUUGGUACCUACGCCAUUUUACACAAAGUAUGGAGGACAAGGCGUCAUUAAAGGAACUGGAUCAAUGGAUAGAACAGCUAAACGAAUGCAAGCAAUUGACAGAAAACCAAGUGAAAACGUUAUGCGAAAAGGCAGAAGAGAUCCUGACCAAAGAGUCUAACGUCCAAGAGGUGAACUGUCCAGUGACGGUAUGUGGGGACGUUCACGGCCAGUUCCACGACCUGAUGGAACUGUUCCGUAUAGGUGGAAGAUCACCGGACACCAACUACCUGUUCAUGGGCGACUAUGUUGACCGUGGCUACUACAGUGUUGAGACAGUCACGUUGCUUGUAGCGCUUAAGGUCAGAUAUCGGGAGAGAAUAACAAUCCUCCGCGGCAACCACGAGUCACGUCAGAUAACUCAGGUUUACGGCUUCUACGACGAGUGUCUACGUAAAUACGGCAACGCGUCCGUGUGGAAGCAUUUCACGGAUCUUUUCGACUUCCUGCCGCUGACGGCCCUCGUCGAUGGUCAGAUCUUCUGUCUCCACGGAGGCCUGAGUCCGUCUAUAGACACCUUGGAUCACAUUAGGGCUUUGGACCGCGUGCAGGAAGUACCACACGAGGGACCCAUGUGUGACCUACUCUGGAGUGAUCCCGAUGAUAGAGGCGGUUGGGGUAUAUCCCCACGUGGUGCUGGCUAUACCUUCGGUCAGGACAUCUCGGAGACCUUCAAUCACAGCAACGGCCUGACCUUGGUGUCCCGAGCCCAUCAGCUGGUGAUGGAGGGGUACAAUUGGUGUCACGAUAGAAAUGUGGUCACUAUAUUCUCAGCACCCAAUUACUGCUACAGAUGUGGUAACCAAGCUGCCAUAAUGGAAUUGGAUGAUGCGCUCAAGUAUUCAUUCCUUCAGUUCGACCCGGCGCCUCGACGCGGCGAGCCGCAUGUUACGCGGCGGACGCCGGAUUAUUUCAUGUAGAAAACGGAGGGGACAACGAAGUGGGAGCGCCGCCCGCCCAUCGCCAAGCCGCCCGCCCAAGAAACACCUGCCCUUUACACCGUCACACGUCUCCAGCGGGGGACGGCACUGGCUCGACAUCAUUAUAUUUCUCCUAUCAAAUUUACACCAGUUUUUACUGUAAUAGUUACUCUGUAAGGACGAUCCUGAGCAGCGUCCUUGUACAUAGCUUGUAACAGGCGGAUGCGGCGACGGACUCAGUAUGAACUCAUUCAACUUGUUCGGGAUCUCGUCCGUGUGAAUGUAAUGUGAAUCUUAUUUGACUCGCACUAAGGUUCGGUUUCGUACUGAGGUGAUUAUAUCGACCACGUCAAUGUAUCUGUCUGAGCGGGACAAAUACCGUUUACUUUAUGAUAUACAAGACGACCGCGAGUGUUCAGCUGAAUUAAACUGAUGUCUUCGGAUCACCUGCGCUCUUUUUAUUGUUUUAGACGGCUCGCCCCCGCCGCGCGCGGUUUAAACUAAUAAAAAACGCGCACUGGAUCCGAAUACGCAAGUUUAAUUUGACUUCCUGUUUUUGUAACACAAUAUGAUUCAUAAGGCGGGCGGCCGAUCACUUCAACUAGGUUCUUGCCCCGACAUCGUCCCGUUAUGUUAAAUCGAACCCUAUUUCAAUGCGAAUAGGUUGGAUUUAACGUGACGGCGGUCCGCGCUGUUUAUGCUGGUAUGUUCAUCGAGGCGGCCGAGCCCCUGUCUGUAAGUCAAGUCGAUGUAUCGGAGACACUUAGACCUCAUUAAACGCCGUACAUUUGCUA